CUGUAUCAGACCUCCCCAUGUUCUCUUUUCCAGUUGUCUGUUUUUAUUACAUUUAUAACACACAGAUAAUUUACACAAACAUCGGCUUAACUCAACUCUCUUCUGUUCUUGCAUAGACUACUAGGAGGAGGUAGAAUUUCUGUUGGGUCUGUUCAUAUUAGAUCAGAUCCAGUUGAACUAACAGAGGGAGAGAGAGAGAGAGAGAGAGAUUGUUAUAUAUGGCUGCUAAUUAUGUUUCUUGUUCUUCAAACUUCAAGAUUCUAGUUUUAUCACUUUCCCUUUUGGUCAAUCUCUCUGUAUCCACUUUCAUUUCAGAUGAUAUCUUUGGAUCUCAAGCAUCGGUAGGGCGCAAUUUGCUACAAGCCAAACAAGCUUGCCCAGUUAACUUUGAGUUUCAGAACUACACCGUCAUAACUAGUCAAUGCAAAGGACCCCGAUACCUACCCAAACCUUGUUGUGAUUCUUUCAAGGAAUUUGCUUGCCCUUACACGGAAGAGUUGAAUGACUUAUCAAAUAAUUGUGCUUCAACAAUGUUCAGCUACAUCAACGUCUAUGGAAAGUAUCCACCAGGCCUGUUUUCCAGUUUCUGCAGGGAAGGGAAGGACGGACUUGAUUGCACUGAAUACUUCAAAGAAGAUUCAGCUAAUGAUGCAAGUGGCCGUCAUAACAUAGGAAAUCGAUUUCAGUUGAUAAUGUUAACGGCAGCUUGUCUUGUUGCAUUAUUUCAAAUGUUAUGAAAGCUUUAAAGUUUUAUUGUAAUGCAGCUAUUGGGUUUGACCUUUA